CUAACUACUUUAUACAUGACAUGAUCACCCUAAACUAAUUAGGGUGGCCGGUGAACAUCUCUUUCCGACUUGUCGGUGUAGGAGUUUGAUAGUCCCGUCCUUCUUCUUCUCUUCUUUUGACCGGGCUUAACGGCAGAGAGGAGAUGGUUGAUGUGUACGGGGAUUUCGGAAGGAAUAUGCCCAUGACACUGGGUGAUCGAACAGACCGGAAUUCGGAUUGAAGACGUCGAUACUGAAGAUCUGAGGGGCAAAGGUACCAAGUGCCUAGUGGGAAGGUUAGGACCUAUCAAGAAGUUUAAUCGAGAGGCCUUCAAAUCCCUCAUGGUCCGUAUAUGGCGUGUUGAAGGAAAAUUAAUUUUCAAAGAACUCCAGGAUCAUAUCUGGCUCUUUGAAUUUUCUGAGGAAAAGGAUAAGAAAAGAGUCCUGGAAGGACGGCCCUAGUCUUAUGACCAAACAAUUUUGGUGCUGAAUGAUUUUGACGGUAAGAUUGCAUCAUCCCAGAUGACGUUCACGCACACUCCCAUAUGGAUCCAGAUCCAUAAUAUGCCUCUGGGAUGUAUGAACAAGGGAGUGGGGCUCAAGAUUGGAAGUACUCUGGGUAAGGUUGAUGAAGUUGCGGUGGCGGAUGAUGAUGUUGGUUGGGGUCGGUUCCUGCGAGUUCGAGUGAAUAUAGAGCUGUAUCAACCGCUGGAAAGAGGCAGAGCUCUCCUACUCACAGGGAAUUCAUGUUGGGUAUCCUUUAAGUAUGAAAAGCUCAUGGAGUUCUGUUACAGAUGUGGAAAAAUUCUUCACGACGAAAAAGGCUGCGUGGCGGUAGUGAAAGAUGGCAAACCAGCGUGGGGAUCUUGGCUUAGGGCGGAUGAUUUUUCGAAAGGCCCCAGUUUCUUGGAGGGGCAAGGUGACUCUUGUCCGUCCUCCCCAAACCUUUCUUGUCACAACGGUGACGGAACAACAACGCCGGUGAAGCCUGGACCAGAAAAGGAAAAAGGUUCCCAAACAGGAAAAUCGAUCUCAGUAACGUCAAGUUUGGCGGAUCUUCCGGAAGUCGAUUCAAAAACGCGGGAGUUUCCCAUACAUGGAAAACACUCGUUUAAGGAAGGUAGCCGUUACGUUUCUGUCUCUAAGGGAAACCUAGCAGAAAAGGUGGAAAAAGGGAAAAGAGGCAAAAAACGGUCAAGUCAUGUAUCUUUUCCUAAUAAGGAUGGAGCUGAUGGGGUGGGUCUGCAAGCAAAGGGGGCCCAUCACAAGGGGCCGGUUAAUCGGUCAAAACAAGAGGGGAUAUAUGCUAGUAGAAAUAAGGCUGGACCUGGCCCACACAACACUGGCUUAGUGUUACCUGUUACGCACUCUGAACAAACAAGCUCGUAAAAGUCCUCAAAAGAGCUCCCAAAGACUCCUGACGACCGGUCCUGUUCUUCUUUUACCGUCCCACUGGAAGGGGUGUCUCUACAGGGGCCUAAAAAGGAAAUACCAGGGGAUUCAUCCCAUCUUUGGUUCUCGGAAAAGAAAGAAAAUGACGGAGGGAAGCUUUGGAAGAGGAUAGAUAGAAAUCCAGGGUUGGCUCCUUCAGCAGCCAGCACUGAUUUUCCAGAAAAAAUGGGGCGGGAAGAAGCGGACUUGGGCGAGAAUGAGGAUUCUCGAUGCAAAAAGAGGUAUGCAGGGCAGGUUGAAGAAACUUUGUCUUUAUUGGCGGAGGCUGUUGAGCAGCCCCGCCAGCAACUAUGAGUUGCUUAAGUUGGAACUGUUGGGGGCUUGGGAACCCCCGAACAGUUUGUGAACUUCGCCUCUUGGUGAAGGAAAAGAAGCCCGUCUUGGUAUUUCUCAUGGAAACAAUGAUGAGAAGUACCAAGUUACAGAGUAUUAGGCGUCAUCUUGGUUUUGAUAGUCUUUUGACAGUUGAUCCUUGGGGUAUGAAGGGUGGUCUGGCACUGUUGUGGCAAAACUCGACUGAAGUGGAGAUUAUUAAUUAUUCAGCAAGACAUAUCAGUGCUAGAGUUUCCUUGAGGGGUUCUAAUUUUCAAUGGAAAUUUACUGGUUUUUAUGGCAAUCUUAACAGAGGAUCCCAUGAGGAUGCAUGGGAGAUGCUAUCCCAUCUCAGUUCCUACUCACCUACCGACUGGCUUUGUGUUGGGGACUUCAACGAGAUAAUUGAUCCCACAGAGAAAGUUGGAGGCUCUAAGCGUAGUGCUGGGCAGAUGGAGGCAUUCCGAGACACUCUGCUUGCUUGUCAGUUGAGUGAUCUUGGCUUUCGAGGGUCCAAAUUUACGUGGAGUAAUAAGCGGGGUCUGAGGAUUUUGUAAAAGAAAGACUUGACCGAGCUCUAGCCACGGAAAGUUGGUGUGAACAAUUUCCUGCUGUGGAAGUUAACGUUUUGGAAACCAGGCGCUCAGACCACAAACCUCUAUGGAUUCGAAUUCUCCCCCAUCAAGGGUCUCGCGGGAGGCCUUAUUCUUUCAAAUUUGAGGCAUGUUGGAAUCUGGAUCCUGAGUGUGCAUCAAUAGUCAAAUCAGCAUGGGAAGGAAUAGAGGAGGGGGGAGCCCAGGCAGCUGCUGAACAAAAAUUAAACAAAUGCCGAUCAGCUCUAUCAUCAUGGAGUUCUCAGAAGUUUGGUAAUGUGGGAAGGAAAAUCUGGACACUGUCAAAAAAAUUGGAACAGCUCCAGAGGCAUGAGGAUUCGGACAAUCAGGAGAAUAUAAAAGCUGUCCAAAUGGAGAUAGAGCUGCUGCUGGACAUGGAAGACACCAGGUGGAAGCAGAGAGCAAAGCGCCAAUGGCUGCAACAUGGGGAUAGAAAUACUAAAUUUUAUCAUGCGUGGGCCGCUCAAAGGAGGAGAACCAAUUUUAUUGCUGAAAUUCAUGAUGAAGAAGGAUUAAGGUGGACGACUCCCAUAGGCUAUUGGUGAGGCUUUCACACAGUAUUUUAAAAAGCUUUACUCUUCAAAUGGGACUCAGGGGGUUGAUGCAGUGCUGGAAACGGUCUCCCCUAGAGUCACGACUGGAAUGAAUAAUGAGCUUUCAAGGGUUUUCACACCUGAGGAAGUGGACAUAGCUCUGUCCCAAAUGCAGCCUUUUAAGGCACCUGACGGUUUUGGGGUCUGUUUCUACCAAAAGCAUUGGGCAACUGUGGGGGAAGGAGUUCGACAGGCAGUACUCUAUUUCUUGAAUUCAGCCCAUAAGCCUUUGCAAUGUCCUGUACAAGCUCAUUGCAAAGGUUCUGUCAAACAGAUUGAAGGUGGUCCUGGGUUCUAUUAUAUCCCAACACCAAAGUGCUUUCAUGCCGGGGCGACUCAUUACCGACAACAUUCUGGUGGCGUACGAGGCUUUGCACUCCAUGAACACCCGUAUGAAGGGCAAAAAAGGGUACAUGGCUCUUAAGUUAGACAUGUCAAAAGUGUAUGACAGAGUCGAAUGGUCCUUCCUGGAGGCUAUGAUGAGAAGGUUGGGAUUUAGGGAGCCUUGGAUCAGCUUGGUCAUGCAGUAUGUUCGGUCAAUGUCAUAUCAAGUGCUCCUGAAUGGAGUCCCUCAAGAGGUGAUCUCCCCUACACGGGGUUUAAGGUAAGGGGAUGCUCUGUCCCCUACCUUUUCCUCCUGUGUGCAGAAGGCCUCAGCUCUUUGUUGACUAAAGCUGGUCUAGAUGGCAGAAUCACGAGGGUCCCUAUUGCGGCCAGAGGGUACCAGUUGAGUCAUCUCUUUUUUGAGGAUGACAUCCUUCUAUUUUGCAGGACAACAAUCAGUGAGUGGUCCAAUGUCCAGCAGUUGUUACACCAAUAUGAACUGACCUCGGGAUAAAAGCUUAAUAGUGGCAAAACUGCAAUCUUCUAUAGCCGAAAUACCAAUAGUGGGUUUAAAGAUUUAAUACAUUCCUCCAUUGGGAUGUCGGCUACCGCUUCUUUGGACAAAUAUCUUGGAUUGCCUUCUAUGGUGGGACGUUCUAAAACAAAGACCUUUGAAGGUAUUGUGAAUAGGGUAAGGAAGAAGCUCGAUGGGUGGAAAGAAAGGUUCUUGUCUCAAGCAUGGAAGGAAAUACUCUUGAAGGCAGUGGUGCAGGCAAUCCCAACCUACUGUAUGAGCGUUUUUCAGCUCCCAAAAACCUUGUGCAAGAAAAUGGAAUCCAUGAUGAAUAAACUUCUGUGGCAGAGAAAAGAGAGUUUAGGGGGUUUGAACUGGAUGAGCUGGUCGAGGCUAGAAUUUUCCAAGAAGAAUGGUGGUCUUGGCUUCCGAGAUUUAGAAGUCUUCAACUUAGCUUUGCUUCCUAAGCAGAGGUGGAGAUUGUUACAAGAACCAAAUUCGUUGUUAGCCACUAUACUGAAGGAAAAAUAUUUUUCCAGGGGCUCUUUUCUGCAAGCGAAGUUGGGACACAAACCCUCUUAUGCAUGGCGUAGCCUGCUGAAGGCGAGACAGGUCCUGGAGAACGGGUUGGUAUGGAGGAUUGGUAAUGGAAAACAGGUCAAAUUUUGGGGGGACAAAUGGCUUCUUUCAUCCCCAGAUUUUUGGGUACAUUCUUCUCCUAAUUCGAUAGACCCCGGAGGCACCAGUAUGUGAUCUUAUAGAACCAGAGUCCGGUUGGUGGAGAUUAAACACCCUCAGACAGAAUUUUGAUCCUGGGGAGGUGGAGAGGAUUAAGUGUUUGGUUCCUAGUCCUUUGCAGCAUGAAGAUAAAAGAAUCUGGAGUGGCACAAAACAUGGUUUUUUUACUGUACGGAGUGCCUAUUUCCUGGAAAUGACUAGAAGACAGCAUGGAUUAAUUUAGGGGAGAGCUCAAAGCAUCAGGAAGUCCAGUUAUUCUGGAAAUCUCUUUGGCAGCUUCCAGUCCAACCGGUGGUAAGAAAUUUUGCGUGGAAGGUUUGUAAUAACAUGCUCCCAACAAAGGAGACCUUAUUCAGGAAAGGGAUCAUUGAUGACCCUUAUUGUCCUCUAUGUUUAACUCAGUCUGAAACCCUCUUUCACAUUCUGUGGAGCUGCCCAUCCUCUGUGGCAGUGUGGCAGGAAAGUAGCAGAUCAGUACAUAAGCUAUCAAUCCAGGAGGAUGAGGGCUUAAGUUUUAUUCGUCAUCUACAGGACAGAUUAGAGGCUAACGUUUUUACAGAAGUUCUCAGUGUGAUGCGGCUGAUAUGGCUCCAAAGAAACUCCUUUGUUUUCAGAAACAGUUUUGAGCCCCCGGGUCAAUUGAUUCUGAAAGCAAGAGGGAUAAUGGAAGAGACAGAGUGUGUCGCAGAGGAGCUGAACGGUGCCUCAGUUCUUGGUGUCUCGGUUAUUUCAAAGUGGAUUCGUCCGCAGGUGGGCUUAGUGAAAGUAAACUGAGAUGCUGCUCUUAAUAAGGAACUGAGGAGGAUGUGAUUUGGAGUAGUUGCUCGUGAUGAUAGGGGGGAAGUGGUGGCUGCGCGGGCAAAGGUGGUAUCAUUUACCAUAGACCCUACCACUGCAGAAGCUUUGGCAGCAUGGGAGGCAGUGAGGUUCUGUAUUGACAGUGGGCUGACGAGAGUCAUAGUGGAAGGUGAUGCUCAAAUAGUGGUGAAUGCUUUGAAUCAGCGGUCUGCGUGCUGGAGCUCUUUUGGCCAUCUGAUCGACGAUACCAAAAUCCUGCUGGAACGUUUGCUCUCAGUGAACAUAAGGCAUGUUAAACGGUCUACCAAUAUGGUAGCCCAUAUUUUGGCAAAAAGGGCAAUUUCUCAGUUAUUAGAUUGUGCUUGGUUAGGAGUUUGUCCUCCUUUCAUUCAGUCUUCUGUAAUGGCUGAUCAAGCCUCUUCUUUAUGAUUUAAAUGAGAAUUCUUAUUCAAAAAAAAAAAAAACUAACUAACUACUAUAUACAUAUAGCGAUUUUAAGGUAUGUAAAUGCGAUUAGUAUACAUAUAUGUAGACAAA